AAGCAGCAGCUUCCUGUGCACAGGUGAGAGGGAGAAGACAGAGAGAGACCACGCACUCAUGAGAGGAACAGCUUUGGAGCAGAACUGCUGGGCUGCAGGCACUCUUCUCUGGUGGGCACGCACUGAGCCAGGAUAUCUGCCUUCAUCCCUCUCCCUCCUCCCCCUCACCCUCCCCUCUGUCUGGCACUCAGCACCUGCUGCCAUCUAGCCUCACCACCCCAGGGACUCCGUCUGGACUGCUCAGUGCCCGCAGCUGGAAGCGUGUCACCAGCACUGAUGAAGCCCUCAUUGCUGCUUCUGUCUCACCUCUGCCUGCUCAGCCUCAUGCCUCCCUCGCGGGCAUCAUACUCGGCACAAGGCACCUCCAGCCUCACUUGUUGGUACGACUCACGGGCGGCUCUCUUCUGCGACUGGGACCCGGGCAGGGACCUGGCUGAAGCACCGUGCCAGCUGGAGAUUUUAUCAGAGAAGGGCUUUUGUGACAGCUUACCAGAGCCAUAUCCCCCACCUGAAAAACAAAAGAAGCACUGCAAAUUACCCAAGGCAGAGUAUAUGACAGGACUGAGGAGAUGCAUCAAAACCUUCCACCAAAAUGUUAAUAAUCAGUGCUUCACCGUUUCAGACAGUCUUAGCUUUUCUGUCCAUUGCCACACUGGAGAGAAAAAAACCAAAAUACCUGUGCAAAUAAAAGACUUCAGUCCAUUUGAAAAUAUAAAGCUGAGGCCUCCAGGAAACCUUCAGCUGGCUAACAUAACUGAAAACACCUCCAACCUAACGUGGAGCCUGAACAUUUCCUCUCACUAUUUGGACGGGGUGCGGGAGUACCAAGUGCGGUACCGACACGUGAGUCAGUCCUGGGAGGAGGCUGCAAACUUUCCCAUUGAGCAGGACCAGAUGUGGGUAAAUUUUGAGGGACUCUCACCCAACUCGAAAUACGAGGCAGCUGUCCGUGCAAGGCCGAGUGCCAGGAGCAGAUACAAAGGCGUGUGGAGCGACUGGAGCAAGCCAGUCCUGUGGAGGACACACCCUGACCACAAGGGAACAUCCCAGCCAGUCCUGCCAGUCCUGAUAGUGAGCACUUUGGUCUUCGUGAUCAUUGGGACUGCCUUCCUCAUUAACCCACGGACCCUGAAAUGGUUUAAGAAGAUCCUGAAGAUUCACAUCCCAGACCCCGAGAAGUUUUUUCCCCCACUUGUUUCAGUUCACGGAGGUGACAUUCAGAAAUGGCUCUCCUCCCCAUUCUCCACAUCUUCCUUGUGUGUGAACAGCACAACCCCAGAGAUCUCCGUGCUUGAGGUGAUGCAGAAGAACGACCAGGAAUCCCAGUUUCUGCUUUCCAAGGGAACCCUGAUUCCUGAUCCUCCCACAGAAACCAGUGUGCACUCUGGAUCCAGCUGCUUCACCAACCAAGGCUACUUCUUCUUCCACCUUUCCAACUCCUUUGAGAUCGAGCCCUGUCAGGUGUACUUCACCUACGAGCCUUUCACCCAGGAGGGCAGUGGCAGCAAGGACGGCGAGUGUUACCAGGCUCUCCCCUCCCCAGACCUCUGCACACUGGCAGAGGACAUGGAUGGGCUGCCCAGCAGCUUCUUUCACUGUGUGGAGGCAACCCAGGGCUUCCCAAACAGCUCCCUCCUGGAAGAGACAGCAGGCGAAGCCCUGCAGGCCACGGCUGCUCCUGGGGCUCUCCAGUCGAGUGAAGGCACCUCACCAACACCAGCGCUGGAACAGGAUGAGAAGGUGAUGGACAAAGCAGUUUCACAGCCUGCUGAGGCCGUGUGCCAGCUGGACACUGGCUUUCCUGACCCUCUGGAGCUGCAGGACAGCAAUUCUGUCAGUGUAAGGGAGGGGAGUGGGAAGGGGAGUGGGAAGGGGAGCCCUCCCACUGACCCCUGCACACCAGCAGCAAAUGCUACCUCUCCCUGCUCCCAGCCUCCAUCUCUAAGACAGGAUGAGGAUCCGUGCCACACAGCCUUCUCCAGCCAGGGGCCAAACACUGGUGCCUACUUUUCUCUGAGGGACCUGCAGAGCCAGUACAGCAGCCAUUGCUCUGUCUAAGGUCUGCCUGGAGGAGACCCACAGCCUGGGAAAGGCCACCUCUGCAGGGAAGGCUGGAGGGACAGUUUCUCUCCUCAGGACAUGAGUAUGCCUUCAGCAUCAAUCCCAUUGGGACUGCUCACUAAUGAGGCUGGAAAACACAGGCCAGCAAGGACUUGCCUUGAUGACCAACUCUGUUUUUCUGUUAAUACCGGCUCUGAUGGCAUAGAAACGACUCACACUUCUCAAGUGACAUUCCAAACCUCACCAACACGUUUUUCCCUUCCCAGCUCCCAGUAGGAGACUGUGCCAGCACUUCCAUGCUCUGCAUUUUGGUGUAAAACACUCAGUCUGAGGCUGAGCAGGCAUAUGCCUCAUACUGGCCUAAAAAUCUCUAAUGGCAUGGAGAAAUGCCUGAAGAUGUGGAUAUGGGGUUUUGUACAGGGGACAACAGCACUGCCAGUCAGUGCUGAGGUGGAUGAUGAAAUGGGUGAAGACAUCUCCUCCUGAUUGACCCAGGGUGUGAUGUUUUUCUAUGAUGUCCCCACUUUAGGUUUUAAUUAGAGAUGACAUUCUAAGCUGCUUGCUCCAGCUUUAGACUUUAGAGUCUAGACCUUAUAGUCUCUAAGGUCGGCUCAGAGCCACAAUUGCGUCAGCUGUCUAAGCAGUGCAGUGUAAAAAAGAAAUCCCCAUUACUGAGCUUAAAAUACUGGGGAAAUCCCCUCCCUUUCGUUCUUUCCUCCAGCUCUGGUGGUGGCAGAGAAAAGAACUCACACAGUUUCCCAUUCUUGCUACAAUAUUUUUCAUGAAAUCGAAAGCCUUUCUGCCCUGCUGGCAAACUACAGUUAUUUGACUAUGAUAAGCUGAUUGCAGAAUAGUUCAUCCCACAUCCUGUAUAAGUGGAAAACAUCACAGCAGCGCUGCCCAUUCCUUCCACUGCUUAAGAGAAACCAUUGCCUAACUAGCAGCAAAGAUGUGGUGAAUGAGCCCAGAAAACUAACCCACGAAUCAGCACCUUUACUGAAAAGAAAACCUCAAUCCACUUGCAAAGAAUGGGGAUAGCACAGACUUCUUUUUUCUUCUUCCUCUACAUGCCCCGUCUGGGUUAAGAAGAAGCCACAGAAGAAAAGAGGUAAGGCAGAGGAAGAUCCCCUGUAUUCACCAUUUGUACUAUCUGUCCAUUGAUGCUUCUGGAUUUUUCAGCAGUGGGAAAAUACCAGCCAUGUGCUAAGAGUUCUUCUUAUCUCUUAAAAAACUCUUCUAAGAGAAUUUAUACCAAAAAGCUCAAGGAUAUUGAACUUGUUAGUGCUUCUGUCACAACUGUGAGUGUCAACUAGAACUCAUUCUUUCCGAUCUCUGUCUGUCCAAGCAUUGAGAUGCCUGCUCCUACACUGUUGCCUGACCUUGCAGUAUGCAUCCUGAAUGUCACUAUGAGUCCCAGGUGCAGGGUCACCCACUUGGAUUUCACCUCAAAAGAGCUGCUCAGAGGAGUUGAGCCCACUUGUAGGUGGGAGGGCUUCAGGAACUAUUCCUCUCCUCUUAUCAGUUCCUUCACCAUCUGUCUCAAGUCAUGGACUGCUCCAUUGUGUCCAGGAGAAAACAGGAGAAGAAGACCCUCACAGAUUCUCAGAUAAGGAAGCACAAGGCUUUCCCAGCUGUUUCCUGUACUUUGAGAAUCUUCCCUGAUGGAUUUUGAGAAUAGACACUGACUCCCUUGCCUCUGAUGGGGAGUUUGCUAUGUUACAUGGGCCAUGGAUCCAAGCUGCACUGUGCCCACGUAGACUUUCUUAGGCUUUUCUAUUUUCCUUCAUAGAAUCAUUAAGGUUGGAAAAGACCUUCAAGAUUAUCUAAUCCAAAUACUACCAUGGCUGCUAAACUAUACUGCAAAGUGCCACAUCUACAUUUUCUGAACCCUUCCAAAGAUGGUCAAUCCACCACUUCCCUGGGGAGCCUGCUCCAAUGUUUAACCACUCUUUCAGUGAAGAAGUUUUUCUCUGGACAUGCUCCAGCACCUCGAUGUGCUUCUUGUAUUGAGCACUCCAAAACUGAAUACAAGAUUUGAACUCUGAGGAUUUGAACUGAAUGAGGAUUUGAAUGCCAGUGCUGUGUACAGGGGGAUGAUCCUUUUCCCAGCCCUCCUGGCCACACGAUUCCUGAUACAAGCCAGGAUGCCACUGGCCUUCUUGGCCACCUGGGCACACCUAGCUCAGGUUCAGCCACUGUCAACCAGCACCCCAGGUCCUUUCCCAUUGGGCAGCUUUGCAGCCACUCUUCCCCCAGUCUGCAGAACUCUAUGGGGCUGCUGCAGCCCUGCUGCCAACAGGACCUGGCACCUGGUUGAACGUCGUACCACUGGCCUUGGCUCCUCAAUCCAACCUGUCCAGACCCCUCUGCAGAGCCUUGCUACCCUGCAGCAGAUCAACACUUCUGCCCAGCGUGGUGUCAUCUGCAAGCUGACUAAAGGGGAGCCCUUGAUUCCCUCAUCUAGAUUAUGAACAGAUAUUAAACUGAUCUGGCCCUAUACUGAGCCUUGUGGAGCACCACUGGUGACUGGCUGCCAAAUGGAUUUAACUCCAAUCACCACAACUCUUCUGGCUUGGCCAUCCAGCCAGUGUUUUAGCAGCAAAGAGUACUCACAUCCACGCCAUGGGUUGCCAGUUUCUGCAGGACAAUGCUGUGAUAGAUAGUGUAAAAUGUUUUAUUAAGGGUUAGGUAGACAACAUCCACAGCCUUUCCCUCAUCCACUAAGUGGUCACCCUGUCAUAGAAGGAGAUCAGGCUGGUCCAGCAGGACCAGCCUUUCCUAAACCCAUGCUGGCUGAGCGUGAUCCCUUCGUUGUUCUACACCUGCCAUGUGAUGGUGCUCAAGGUGACCUGUGCCAACACCUUCUGUGCCACCAAGGUCAGGCUGACAGGGCUGUACCUCCCCAGAUAAUCCUUCCAGCCCUUUUUGUAGAUGGGUGUCACUCUGGCUAACCUCCAGUCGCCUGGGACCUCCUGGCUAGCCAGGACUGCUGAUAAAUGAUGGAGAGUGGCUUGGUGAGCUCUUGAGUGGAUCACAUUCAGCCCCACAGACCUGGGAGUGUCUCAGUGGCACAGCUGGUCACUAACUACUUCCUCCUGGAUUAUAAGGAGUUUAUUCUGCUCCCUGUCUUUGUCUUCUAACUCAGGGCAGUGAGUACCCUGUGGACAUCUGGUCUUUCUGUUUGAGACUGAGGCAAAGAAGGCAUUAAGUAGCUCAGCCUCAUCCUUGAUGUCAAUAUUUCCCUGCCAAGUCAAAUAAAGGAUGGAUAUUCUCCUUAACCCUCUUUUUUUUUUUAUUAAUGUAUAUGUUAUUUU